UUGCUCCUGUCCAGGAAUGGUUGUAGCAGGAGGUCAAACUGAAACUGGCCCUAGUUAGUCCAGGUCACCAAGUCCACUUGGGUGUUCAGUGACAAAUAUGGAUCUCAGUGUCUCCUCCAGGAUGCAAGAUGAUGAAAAUGAAGGUGCUAAAUUGCGUGCUGCUUCCAGCAGCCACCGGGAUCCAGCCCCAUCUCCCGUUGAACCUGAGAAUGAAGAGGCAUCAUCUCCUCUUUUCCUAGAAAUGGAGCAGCCAAUCCCUCGUCCACGUAAAACUUCGCGUCAAUACAUGAAGCGCAUCAUUGCUGAAUACGAGGCUCUGGACAUGGAGAUGCCCUGCAUCCGCAAGUUCCCCAAACCACCAGCAGCCCGUCCCCUUUGUCUCUGUCUGGAGAGCCCGCCUGAAAAGGAGAUGAACCAUGCGGAAGUUCUAGCAGCUGUAGAGGCAGUCAUUCCUGAUGCCUUUGAAACAGGCCUUCUGCGCAGCAUUCAAUUUGAGAACAUUAAUGUGAUCUGUGGGACUGCUGGACGGAAGAACAGAUGGCUGCUUACUGUGUCUGACUUCCGGACCCGAAACCAGCUCCUGUGUUCAGGAUUGACCUUGGGCCAAGAGCACUUUGCCUUGCGACGCUGGGAUGAUCUGGUGAUGGAGGACUAUCGCAUGCACCUCCGAAGGGCACUGGCACGGCAGAGGCUCCUGGACACCCUGAGUGAUUCAUGGGAUGGAAAUCACUUGAAUGGGGUAUGAGGCCCAGAUAAUACUUUGCCUGUUUGUGCAUCUGCUUUCCUUUCUCCCUUCUCAUAACUCCCCACCCCCCUUUUAUAAACUUUAGAGGCCACCAA